GGCGAUCCGACCGCCGAACGUCCGACAAGCGUCCAUGGACGCGCCUCGGCAUUGCUUCGCAUAACGAGCGUAAAAUUAAGAAGAAGUGGGGGUGUGGUGUUCGGUUUCGCUGAGUGUGCUGAUGUGGAAGCUGAAGACUCGUAGGAAAGGCCUCGUCGUUGUUCGUGUCCCCGUUGGAAAACAUCGCUCGUCCUGACGCUCGGCAACGUCUCCACUCCGACGGCCGGUUCUCGCGAUUUAUUGCGCCUGUGCUUUCUUUCCUCAUUCACACCGGCACGCUUCCGUGGAAUGCGAGAACUCAUGUUCCUCCAGAUUCUAAUCGGCUUCUCCAUCCUGGCAACGGCGAUCCCGAAGCCGGACAACGAACAUCGCAUUUUGAGCAAGGAUGUGAGUAAUGAAGAUCACUAUAUCAAUUCCCAACACAAUCCAGCUUAUGAUCACGAGGCUUUCCUCGGGGAAGAAGCUAAGACCUUUGAUCAACUUUCUCCCGAAGAAAGCAUCAGGAGAUUAGGGAUAAUCGUCGACAAAAUUGACAAGGACAAUGACGGCUAUGUGACACAGGAGGAACUCAAGGAUUGGAUAAUGUAUACGCAACAACGUUACAUUAGGGAUGACGUGGAGCGUCAGUGGAGGUCUCAUAAUCGACAAGGGAAAGAGAAACUGACGUGGACAGAAUACAGGGCCAUGGUUUACGGGGAUAUGGACGAGCAUGAGAGGGAAAGGCCGGACAAGUCGGAUGAUGAUACCUUCUCAUACCUUACCAUGCUCAAGAGAGACCGCAGGAGGUGGUCCACUGCUGAUUUAGACGGCGAUGACGCUCUGACCAAGGAGGAAUUUACCGCCUUCCUUCACGCCGAAGAGGCAGAACAUAUGAAGGAUGUGAUAGUAUUGGAGACGAUGGAGGAUAUCGAUAAGGAUGGGGACGGGAAGAUAUCCCUUGCGGAAUAUAUCGGUGACAUGUACAAAGGCAACGAGGGCGAGGAGGAACCGGAAUGGGUGAAAAAUGAAAAGGAGCAGUUCUCCUCGUACAGAGACAAGGACGGCGAUGGAUUUUUAAAUGCUGAUGAGGUGAAAACGUGGAUCAUCCCCGCGGAAUUCGAUCACGCGGAGGCGGAAUCCCGGCACUUAAUUUACGAAGCGGACACAGACGCGGAUCACAAACUUACGAAGGACGAGAUUUUGGAGAAGUACGAUAUAUUCGUCGGAUCACAGGCGACGGAUUUCGGCGAGGCGUUGGCGAGGCAUGACGAAUUUUGAGGAGAUGUAAUCUCAUAAAAAAUUACUAUCGAACAAAUUACUUAUAACGAUCUACUUAAAACUUUUUCAAGCCAGAAAUCAUGUAAGGAGAGUAUUUAUCCAUUUAUUCUAAUGAUUAUGUUUUUUUUUACAUUAUUAACAUCUAUAUAGAAUAUGUAGAUAUGUAAUAGAGAUAAUAUAAUUUAACAAGAAAAAAAAAUAUAAUAGAGCAUAGAGAAGAGAGUCGGGGGAAAUGCAUGAGAUGCUGUAUCUGCCAAAAAAUUGUAAAGAAAUUAGCCAUUGUUACAAUAAACUUUUGAUAUUGUCAUUGUA